AUGUUCGACGCCAUCAUGGACCCCGUGCAGGGCUUCGGAGUGAGCAGCACCCGCUACCUGCAGACCCACUACAGCGACGCCCGGGGCCUGUUCCUGUGGGUGUCCUGGGCCGCCGACCUCAGGAACACCUUCUUCAUCUUCUUCCCUCUGUGGUUCCACCUGCGGCCGGCCGUCGGCGUCAAGCUCAUCUGGGUGGCGGUGAUCGGGGACUGGCUCAACCUGGUCUUCAAGUGGAUCCUGUUCGGGGAGCGGCCGUACUGGUGGGUCCACGAGACGCCGUACUACGCCGGCGGCGUCCGGCCUCACAUCGAGCAGUAUCCCAUGACCUGUGAGACGGGGCCAGGAAGCCCCUCCGGCCACGCCAUGGGAGCAGCGGGGGUUUACUACACCCUGGUCACCUCCAUCCUCGCCCUGCUCACCACCAAGAAGAAGUUUGGGAGCAAGAAGAACGCCGGCCGAGACUGGUACCUGAAGGCGGUCCUGUGGACGCUGUUCGGCGCCGUGCAGGUCUGCGUCUGCCUCUCCAGGGUCUUCAUCGCCGCUCACUUCCCGCAUCAGGUCGUCGCCGGCGUCAUCACAGGUAUGAUGGUGGCCGAAGCCUUCAACAGGACGCAGUGGAUCUACGGCGCCAGCAUGAGGAGGUACCUGCUGGUGACGCUCUUCCUGACCGGCUUCGCGGUGGGCUUCUACCUGCUGCUGCGCGCCGUGGGCGUGGACCUGCUGUGGACCAUGGAGAAGGCCCAGCGCUGGUGCGUGAGGGCGGAGUGGGUGCACCUGGACACCACGCCCUUCGCCAGCCUGCUGAGGAACAUGGGCACGCUGUUCGGGCUGGGCCUGGGCCUGCACUCGCCGCUCCACGCCGAGGCCAAGAAGGGCGGCGGCGGCGCGGCGUCCCGGGCGGCCUGCGCGCUCAGCUCGCUCGUCCUGCUGCACCUCUUCGACUCCUUCAAGCCGCCCACGCACACCGCCGCCCUCUUCUACCUGCUGUCCUUCUGCAAGAGCGCCACCGUGCCGCUGGUCACCGUCAGCAUCAUCCCGUACUGCGUCAACCGGGCGCUGAGUCAGCAGGCCAGGAAGGCCGCGUGA